CGGGCGCUAGGACCCGCGGGGGCCUCCCGGGCCGCCCAGCCUGCAGCUCCCCCCACCCAGCCCUCCACCCCAACCCCCCCAAAAUGAGGAAACGGAGCAACUUGCUCCAAGUUGUACCUCCGGGGCCGCCUCGGGGUGCGCAGCCGGCGCGCGGGAGGCCUCCUCGGGGCGGGCGCGGGGCGCGGCCCGGGGGCGCCCCCUAAGCAGGUGGCCGUGUUGUGCGCGCCUGGGGCCACCCGCGACCGCGCCCCGUGUGUUUCUGUGUGUGAUCGUGUGUACCUGGAGCGGUAUGUGUGUGAGCCCCCGUUUCCUCCGCGCCUGGCACCCCCCGCCCAUCACAGCCAGGAUGCCCACGCGGCGCUGGGCGCCCGGCACCCAAUGCAUCACCAAGUGUGAGCACACGCGCCCGAAGCCCGGGGAGCUGGCCUUCCGCAAGGGGGACGUGGUCACCAUCCUGGAGGCCUGCGAGAGCAAGAGCUGGUACCGCGCCAAGCACCACGAGAGCGGCCAGGAGGGGCUGCUGGCGGCGGGCGCGCUGCGCGAGCGCGAGGCCCUCUCGGCCGACCCCAAGCUCAGCCUCAUGCCCUGGUUCCACGGGAAGAUCUCGGGCCAGGAGGCGGUGCAGCUGCUGCAGCCCCCCGAGGACGGGCUCUUCCUGGUGCGGGAGUCGGCGCGGCACCCCGGCGACUACGUGCUCUGCGUCAGCUUCAGCCGCGACGUCAUCCACUACCGCGUGCUGUGCCGCGACGGCCACCUGACCAUCGACGAGACCGUCACCUUCAGUAACCUCAUGGACAUGGUGGAGCAUUACAGCCGGGACCAGGGCGCCAUCUGCACCAAGCUCGCGAGACCCAAGAGGAUGCCGGGGACCAAGUCAGCCGAGGAGGAGCUGGCCAAGGCCGGCUGGUUACUGAACCUGCAGCAUUUGACUCUGGGAGCACAGAUCGGAGAAGGGGAGUUUGGAGCCGUCCUGCAGGGCGAGUACUUGGGCCAGAAGGUGGCAGUGAAGAACAUCAAGUGCGACGUGACCGCCCAGGCCUUCCUGGACGAGACAGCGGUCAUGACGAAAAUGCAGCAUAAGAACCUGGUGCGUCUCCUGGGUGUGAUUCUGCACCAGGGGCUCUACAUCGUGAUGGAGCACGUGAGCAAGGGUAACCUGGUGAAUUUCCUGCGCACGCGGGGCCGCGCCCUGGUGAACACCCCCCAGCUUUUGCAGUUCUCCCUACACGUGGCCGAGGGCAUGGAGUACCUGGAGAGCAAGAAACUGGUGCACCGGGACCUGGCAGCCCGCAACAUCCUGAUUUCCGAGGACCUAGUGGCCAAGGUCAGCGACUUCGGUCUGGCCAAAGCCGAGCGUAAGGGGCUGGACUCCAGCCGCCUGCCAGUCAAGUGGACGGCCCCGGAGGCGCUCAAACACGGGAAGUUCUCCAGCAAGUCGGAUGUCUGGAGUUUCGGGGUGCUGCUGUGGGAGGUCUUCUCGUACGGCCGAGCCCCUUACCCUAAGAUGUCGCUGAAGGAGGUGUCGGAGGCUGUGGAGAAGGGGUACCGCAUGGAGCCCCCCGAGGGCUGCCCGGCGGCCGUGCACGCGCUCAUGGGCAGCUGCUGGGAGGCCGAGCCCGCGCGCCGGCCGCCCUUCCGCAAGCUGGUGGAGAAGCUGGUCCGCGAGCUCCGCAGCGCGGGCGCCCCGGGCCCCGCCGUCGGGGGGCAGGACCCUGAGGACGCCCCCUCGCCCCGCGGCCAGGAGCCCUGACGCCUCUGACCGGGGACCAGAGACCAAGGGGUGGGCGGGCAGGGUCGAGCGAGCCCCUGGAGACCCCCCAGGCCCAGGGACACGGAGGGAUGGAGCCUGAUAAAGAUGGUUUGUGAGAACUGGGGGUGUGAGUCUCUCUGCGACCCCCCACGCCCCCCGUCCAUGCUGGUGGUGGGGGAGAGUGGGGUCCCCUUCGCGCAGUCUGGGGUGCUGCCGGCAGGUGGCGCUGUGUCCCUGUGGCACCACCAGAUGCUGCCCUCGCUCCCCCUCCCACACACACAUUCGCGGCCUCACUCAGGGGUCCUCGUGGGAGCACUGUGGGUCCUGAGUCCAGGCUGAGAAACGCUGAGACCCCGCCCUGACCCUGGGGGUGCUGGGGGAGGCCUCGUGUCCACCUGGACAGCCCCACGUCCUGACCACUGAUGGGGAGGCCGGUCCCAGGCCCCCUCCUGCCACUGCUCAGGGGACCUGGAGCUCCCUGCACCCCUCAGCCAUCCCUGAGGCUGGGGAGGGGGCGUGGGCGGUGUGGUUGUGGCUCUGUCAGGACCCCUGAGUGGGGUAGGGGCCUGACCCCAGGAAGCCCCAUUCACAGGCCCACCUCACCCCACCCCCAGCUUUCCCUGUGCCCUGGCGGGGUGGGGGUGGGGGGGGGAAAUCCGUGAGCUCACUGGGGCUGACACCAGGGUGCAAGUCAAAGGAGGUGAUGGUGUUGGUGUCAGGGACAUUAUCCCCUCCCUGCCCCCCCAUGCCCCGCUCCAGGCCCUGCCCCCCCAAUGCCCGAGCCUCUCCAUUCUCUCCCUGCUUUCUCUCUCCUUCACUCCUGCCCCUCGCCUGCCGUCUUGAGGGUGCCCCGUGUGAGGUUCCCCCACCCCCUCACCCCAGAACCCGGAACCAGGAGCACUCUCAAGCCUGUUUCGCAUUAUUUCCCACCUGCCCUGGCGUCCGAGGUUCUGGGGCCAGGCCCUCUGCAGGAUGCCAUGCCCACCCCCUUCCCUAUGGGCUCUGGGGGUCAGCCCCGCCUCCUGUGGGCUGCUCCCAGCAUCCCCCCCUGCACACCCGCCGCCACCCCCACCAGCCCCCUUCAGGGGGAGCCCAGCCCCCUGUCCCCAAACUCUUAACCUCGUAUCCUGCCAAUGUCCCUUCCUCAGGGCCCUGGGCACAGCUCAGAGGCUACAAGUGCCUGCAGGCACGAGGCCUAGAUCACUCCCUGGCACUGCCCACGUGCCCAUCUGGGCAUUUCAGUAGCCUGGGACCACCAGCCCCAGCAAGGGAGAGCUGGCAGGGCUGAGCUCAGACUUCUCAUGCAGGACUCCUGGGUUCCAGCCCUGUCAACGCAGUGUCCCCCAACACCUCCAGGAACAGACCCUGAGCACUCUCUCCCAAAUGGGUGACAUGCCCCUCAGGGGGGCGUGCGGGUGCCCAGGGGGCAGUGAUCGCCUCAGGGGAGGGGGUUGUCUUGUUUGCUUCUGUGAAACAGUACCUGGCGUACAGUAAGUGCUCAAUAAACAUUGACUCAGUGAUUGGA